AUGGGUGCCACUGGUGGUGAAGUGAUAAAUGCGGACAAGAUACAAAUAUAUGCUGGUCUUGACAUCGCAACUAACAAGAUCCGGCCGAAUGAUCAAGGUGGUAUUCCUCAUCACUUAAUUGGGGUUAUUUCAUCAAUUGCGGAUGAUGUGUAUGUACCUUCCUUUCGAUCUAUUGCAACAACUACUACGGAGUCUAUUGCAAGGUGUGGUCGAGUUCCAGUUCUGGUAGUUGAGGAACUAAAAGAGUAUUUUGAUACUACGCUGGCUCAUAAGAUUGGUAACCACACUGGGCUGGCUAAGGCAAUUGGUGUGCGAGAACUAAGCAAAUAUUUUGGUGGAGGCAUGAGUCUUUCUGAUUCCAUAGAUGAGAUGAAAGCAAAUACAAAAGCCCUUGCAAAAUCACAGACUACAAAGAUUCGCCAUAUCGCUGGUGUUUGGGGCUGGCCUAUGUGUGUGGUGGACUCUACAGAAGCCAUACGCUGCCAUCUAAGUGGAGGAGACCAUAGUACGGAGGACAUAUCAUGGGAAUGCGAUGUGAGUUCUCCUGCAAUUGCUAUUGUGGAUAAGUUUUUACAUAGCUAA